AUGUUAAAGUUAAGGGAGCAGCAAAGGAAGAAACAAGAGCAGGCAGCUGCUGCUGCUGCUGCCGCAAAAGCCAACGCUGGCGAAUCAAAUGGCACUAAUGGUGAAUCAUCACCAUCUUCAAGAGUCAGCAGUGCUCAAGCAUUAUUACAAAAGCAUUUAACAGAAUUAGAAUUACCAAAGAGUACCAAUAUAGAAUUUCCUGAUCCUAAGGAUUUCUUUAAUUUCAAAUUAGUCAUAAGUCCUGCUGGUGGUUAUUAUUCCAAGGGAAGUUUCACUUUCACAGUUGAAGUUACUCAAAAUUUUCCAUUUGAACCUCCAAAAGUAAAAUGUAAUAAUAAAAUCUAUCAUCCAAAUAUAGACUUGGAAGGUAAUGUAUGUUUAAAUAUCUUAAGAGAGGAAUGGCGUCCAGUAUUGAGUAUCAACUCGGUGGUUAUGGGGUUAAAUCAUUUAUUUUUGGAACCUAAUCCAAAUGAUCCAUUAAAUAAGCAAGCGGCUAAUACAUUUGUUAAGGAUAUAGAUCAAUUCAAGAGAAACGUGUCAAUAUCAAUGUCAGGAGGGUAUGUUGAUCGGGUAUACUUUGAUGAUGUCCGUUUUCGUCGCUAA